AGUAAGGUUUCCAGUGACUGAAUGAGCUGUUCCUGUCAGAAGAGAACAGACACAAAGAUGGAGCUAACUCACGCUGUCCACGUUUUAAUCAGAUCCCUGCUGUUUGUGCUGCUGUGGUCGAACAGUGAAGGAAGAGAGUCUGAGCUCAACCAGGUGACCUGCGGCUCGCUGCUCAAACUGCUCAACACCAGACACAACGUCCGCCUGCACUCACACGAUGUCAAAUACGGCUCAGGCAGUGGACAACAGUCUGUGACUGGAGUGGAGAAUGCAGAUGAUGCCAACAGUUAUUGGCAGAUACGUGGGAAGCCCAACCGUCCGUGUCAGCGCGGUGAAGCCAUCAAGUGUGGUCAGACCAUCCGCAUCACACAUAUGAAGACCGGUCGAAACCUCCACACACACCACUUCAGCUCACCGCUGUCUAAUAACCAGGAGGUCAGCGCCUUCGGAGAGAACGGCGAGGGCGACGACCUGGAUACGUGGAUGGUGCAGUGUGACGGCGUCCACUGGGAGCGCGAUGAAGCCGUGCGCUUCAAACACGUGGGUACCGAUGUCUUCCUGAGCGUGACGGGCGAGCAAUACGGCCACCCCAUCCGCGGCCAGCGUGAGGUGCACGGCAUGAGCGCUCCCAACCAGCACAACUGGUGGCUCUCCAUGGAGGGCGUCUUCCUCCAGCCCAGCCAGGUGCCACUGCGCCACGAUGAGCUAUGACAUCAUCACUGGGAGACACAAAGCGUGUGAAUUCCUGUUCAAGUGGAGGUUUUCUAGCUCUCCUGGACCAAAUGCCAUCAUGUGUGAAUGAUGUAGAAUAUUACACUGACUCAUCUCUGUACAUGUGAAGCACUCAGGGUUGUCUGAGACGGGGGGGGGGGGGGUGUAAUGUUACUGUAGUUUUCAUGACGGUUGGAUUAAGAUCAAUUAUGCUAUAUGUAGGGGAGCCAUAUGGUAUAGAGAAUUUCAUAAAGGAGAAAAUACUUGUGUGAAAAAUCGAGGCUGGAUUACCAACUAGGCAUAACAACUAUCGCGGGCCCCCCCCCAGGGGCCCUGAAAGACCCAAAUUCACUGACAUUUGAUUAAGUUUGUCACGAUUAGUCAAUUAACACAAACUCAAUCCACACACAAGCCAAUCCAAAUACUGAUGAGUUACGUGACUUUUAGUUGUUUAUUAGUUCUGUUGGCUCACAGUUUAGACCAAAUCAAUGAUCAGUCAACAGCUAUAGCAUGGGCUCAAUGAAAGACACCAUCAAUUAGCAGAUUCAAUAUUAGAUCAUUUUGCUACAUUCCAAAUAUAUUACAUAAUAUGAUAAUGCUUUACUUUACAGCUCUGUAAUUUACCCAUAAUUUCAAAGAAGUUCCCCAGAAAGAACUCUAUAAUUACAGGAAAUGUAAUUAUAGUGUUCAGUUGCUAAUAACAUAUUUUCAAUUAACUUGUGUAGCCUAUGGAAACUAUUUUAGUCAAAGCACAACAGGUCAGCUGGACAUGCAAAAAUUUGAUUUUUUUUUCUUAUCAAUUAAUUAAAGCAAAAUUAAUCAGCAACUAUUUGGAUAGUGUAGUAAUCCUUUAACUCACUUUUCAAGCAAAAAUCUCAUUCUCUGGUGUAGAUAAACCAACAACAGGGAGGGACCUAGUUUGACCAUCAGCACAUCAGAUGCUUUACAUGUUCUUUUUUAGUUGAGAUGGUAAACCAUAUUCAAACCAUAUUUGAGUAGAAUUAGUGCCCAGAUAUGGAUUUUUAAGAUCUUACCAAGCCUGAUGCGAGUUAUUUAAACCCAGAGUGUACCAGUCAGAGACAAGUAGAUCCCUCGGAUUCAUCACCGUUCAACGGCCUCCACAACAAACACAAUCGUGUUCAUUAUGGUAACAUGAUAUAUUCUCCCUCUUUAGCAAUUUAAUUGUUUGGUUUUUCAACCUCUGCUCUGUACACUCCCCCUUGUGUGACACUUUUAUUUAUGUCAUGAAUUUCUAUUUGAAGAGAAGAGAAGUCCAUACCUUCUGAAAUUUGUAAUUUUUGCUGCUUUCUUUCUCUCUUUCCAUCGCUGUAUGUUGGGUCAUUUUCAAAAAGAAUAGGCAGGUCAAUUAUUAUUCACAAGUUUUUUAAUAGAUGGAAAAAUAUAUCUGAAGUCACAGCAAAGGUUUCUGUGAUCCCUUGAUAAUGCAACACACAACAACCUCUGAAUUCACUGAAAUCAGUCAACCCUGCGUUCAGUUCAGAGGACCCAGGACGCCGGAGAAGCAUAUGGAAAUGCACAAGAACAUGACGUCUGUCUUACAGCUACACAAAAUGAGAAAAUAAAAAAAAGAAUGUUGGUUGUUUGGAUCCAAUAAUGGAAUGACUAUGUGUUAAUGACUGUUGUUUUCUGAUUUUGCAUAAAAUAGCUGGCUUCAUGA